CCCAAAUUGACAAUACAAUCCUUUAAACGUAGAAAGAAUUAUAUUUCAUAUCAGCAUCAGCUGCGUAAAAUGAUAUGUCAAAUUUAAAAUCAAUUUGAUAUUAUAUUUGGGUGUGCAUCUUACUCAACACAGGAGUUCACUGGUUGACUAAAUGUGUGCAUACAUGUUCGAGAAAUGGCUCAAGCUUUACGAUUAGUUGUCUUAAUACUUGUGCUUGAUGGACAAAUAUCUACAUCCAAAACAGUACAAUAUAAGAACAGCAAUUUUCCAAGUGGAUCAUUUGCUUUACUCAUGUCAAAAGAUGGUUGUCCUGAAAGCCCUGCAAUGGGUUGGAAAACCGGAUACAUUAACAUUACAACAAAACAACCGUUUGACGAUCCGGCCUCGUUUCCAGAAACGAGUAGAAAUGUUAUAAGGAACUUCAAAUUAGAUGUGAUUGAAAACAUUAUUCUUGGACCUUUCAAUAGAUACAAUUUACAGCUUAACUUUUGCUUUAAAUCUGCGAAACACGUUAUGAAUCAGGAAAACAAUUGGAUGCACGGGUCAUAUGGACUGUUCGGAGUCAGUGAAAAAUGUCCUUACGGUUUUUCUAAACGGAACAUGACAAUUCAACUUCCUCCGUUGCUGCAUUUCAAUGAAAACGGCCACCUUCCAUAUCAUAAAAUGGUGGAAGAAAAUGGAUAUGCAGCUAUACAGUUUCUUUAUUGUAGUCGGAUACAAACACUUGACAAUGAAACUAUGGACUCACUGAUAAGUUUCAACCCGUUUCUGGUUAUUAAGGACCAGGAAGAUGUUGAAUCACUAUGUCCAAGUGACACCAUGUAUGACGUCACAUUGGAAAGUUAUCCAAUGCCUUUGCCAAUGCUGAUAGAGAACAUGACUGUAAACAUCAGCUCAUAUAGCCAAACGAAAUUUUGUUAUUUUACGUUUAAAAAGGUGACGGUUGACCAAAUUCGCGAUAUGUCUGAAAAUCCGGACAUUGUUCAUGUUUUCAUAGACAUCAAUACAGUAGUUAACAACUGUGGGGACUUUUUGAUUGGUCCUCCAUUACCAUGCGAUAAAGUGGAAACUUGGAUCAUGAUUGACAUAAGAUACACUGUUUUGGUUUCCGGAAUAGUGUCAACCCUACUGGAAGAUUUCUAUCAAGGGCAGUGGUUACGUAUUUUUGUCGGCGAUGAGCAAUGGAGUUUUUUAUUCGACGGGGCAUUUCUUUGCAGACACAAGAAGAUACACGUUAAUGAAGGAGACAUGCCCACUAAAAUGAUAUACAAAUGCAUAAAGUCGGUUAUUGGAAGGUAUGUGACUAUGAUAUUUAGAUCAAGGUUGGAGGAUUGGAGAAACAAUCGUUCUGAGGACUUAAGCAACACACCCAUUGCUGUUCUUUCUGAAAACCAUGAUCAGUUUUCAGGAUUUGUAAGGUGUAACCAAGAGCUUGGUAUGCGUAAUCAUGACAUAAAGGACCAUCAAAUAACGUCUUCGUCAUGGCAAGUUUCCCACGAUCCAAAAGAGUCCCGCCAUCAUUUAUCCGGUUGGUGUGCUGGCUUGACAGAUAAACAGCCAUUUAUUCAGGUUGAUUUAUUGAAAAAGACCUCGAUAGAUGGUUUAGUAAUAACCAACUGGGAGGAAAUCAUUGACGAUAUUGAAAACAACAAGUACGAAAGACGGUUGGUUAAAAGAGGCUGUCGGUCGUUUUAUAUAAAAUAUGGAAACUAUCUUGAUGUCUUGGAACGAUACAAUAAUAUGCCGUUUAUUUAUGACGAUUCUCAGCGUGUUGAUAUUCCACAGACUUUCCUUUUCAAUGAUCAAUGCACUGCAAGAUAUAUACGAAUAUUCCCUACCCCUUUCCAGAAUAAAACUGCACCGUGUCUAAAAUUUGAAAUACUCGGUUGCAAAGAUACAGAAACUCGCAAUCCGCCAAAGAUCAUGUUAGACAAAGACGAACAAAUAAUUUUUAACGAAACCUUUACAAACAUAAACCAAGCCGGAUCGCUUGUAAGUUUCAAAUAUCCUUCUUCAAAUGCCUACACUGCAAUUCAUCGGUGGACAAUACAGUUACCAGUACACUUUGCAGCUCUACGUUUUGCACUUAUUUCCCUACAUGUUUAUCAGUUUCAAAACCAAAGGCUAUUUUCAAACUAUCGCUUAUGUGAAGAUGUUAUCAUUUUGUCAAAAGAGGACAUCAUAGAAGACAUGGUUACUUUUCAAUCAAAUAACGCGAUUGGAAACUAUCGAUUAAACAGUAGUGGUAAUGGUAAAAUGCCGUCCUUUCCUCUUUCGGAAAAAGUCGCUUUUCUUACAUUUAUUACAUGUCCUAUAACGGAAAUUGCUGAAGAAGGAACAGGUUUCAAAGCUUUUAUAGUUGAAACAGAUUAUAAAAACUGCUACUGGGAUGACCCAACAGGAUAUUGCAAUUUACCCUCAAUGGACAUAAUAUCGGAUCGUUUCUUGUUUGGAGCGCUGGAAAAUUCCGUGACUCAACGUGAAUUUAAAUGGACUAUAGAUGCCGAAACAGAUUCUAUCAUUUUUACCUUGAAUUUUGAAGACUUUGAUAUAAGUUGCUUUUCAGAGUCGGAAUUCCUUUUAGAAGGACCUGACAUAAAGGAGUUUACCAGUUUUUGCAAUUCCAAUAGGCCACGAGGAGACAUUUAUUUUGUAACAGCACCACUAGUUGUUGUAUACAGACCAUAUAAAAGUAAUAUUUACAGUUCCACCCCCUUUCCUGAAGGAUUUCAUUUGAAAUAUGACUUUCUACCGAAGAAAACUACUAUUCUCUAUCAACUUGAGGAGGAAAAUCAUUACGACGAUAAUAAUUUCCCAGUAAGAAUAGUUUGUUCAGAGGAAUUCAACAAAUGCUACCAUCUUCGAACAACACACGGGGAAGGGUUGGACGCCAUGAUGCUUUAUGAUACAGUAUGCAAGGAUAGAAACUCUUUCCUCGUGAAUUUAAAAUCACUGAAAGAACAGCAAUUAGUCCGAGGACUAUUGCUGGACUACUAUCUGUCCCUAGCUAAAUCUUAUACUGCAUAUAAAUCAAAUCCCUCAGAUGCAUACACACUUAUAGGAUUAAUGACUAGGCCUGAUUACGAGUUUCCUGAUAGAGUAACACAAGUUUGGUCUGACGGAAGUCCGCUCACCUUUUCGGCUUGGGAUGAAGGUGAGCCUGUAAAUAUUGAAGAGAGAACUUUCACAUCUAUGGCUAUGUCCAAACUAGAGAAAGAGAACACGUGGAAAACUUUAACACCAUGGCAAAUCUUAUCUGAUGACAAUGAAAUGUUUGCCUUUUGUUGCGAAAGUACGCUCAGAAAUCUAGAGAAAGAUUUCAGCAUUAAAAGUACUCUGAGAAAUCAAAGUUUUCAAACAUGGGAUGUACAUAAUCACACACUAUUUCAUUGCAAGAGCGGAGAACUUAUGUCCAAUUUAGUCCUUUGUAACGGCGUGAAAGAGUGCUCGGACGCAUCAGAUGAAAAAGAUUGUAUUCAAAGUAAAGUUGAUUUUGUUGUUGCUUCCUAAUCUUUAUUGUGACAAGUAUGCGAUGGUAUCUGGUACUACAAACAAGAACUAUCGCUGAAUGCGAUUCAUACCCCAACCAAUGUCCUUGACAGAAGACGACUUGGAAAGGUGGUUAAGGGAAUAACUUAAGUGACACAAAUACAGAUACAUAAAAAAUCAUCUCUGGUAAAAAAUGACUAAUUGUAAAGGUAAAAGUAAAGAUAUAUAUUGUCAAAUCAUGUUCGAAACAGUUACAAAAUUAAUAACCUUUCAUUUUCCAAAUGUACUAAACAUUUUUAAGUCAAUUUUUGACCUUAAGUGUUUCCUGGACCUUAAGCUGGCACACGGGUAAGAUGGGUUCUGCACUUUGCCCAAUAGGGUGAACAUUUGAGUAAAGUUUGAAGAAAAUGCUUCCAUUAGUAUAGAAUUUAUAGAGCGGACACGACAUAUUGUCUAGUACUGAUUGUAUGUAAAUGAAAUUUGACCUGCAUAUCUUUCUUGUGACACCUCAUACAUCUUUUAAGUUUAAAUAAAUACCUGUGCUAGUUUCAGGAAUAUUUAAGUACAUGUUAAAAUUUAAGAACAUUUUCUAUGUCAAUUUUUGACCUUCAAGUGUGACCUUGACCUUUAACCGGCACAAAGGUAAUAUAGAUUUUGCAGAUAACAUUGUUGAGGUGAACAUUUGAGUAAAGUUUGAAGAAAAUUCUUCCAUUAGUACAGGAUUUAUAGAGCAGAAACGACAUAUUGUCAAAUAUUUGAUUGUAUGUAAAUUUGAAGACUUAAAAGGAGCAUAACUUUGUUAAAAUGCAAUACAGAGUUAUGAAACUUACACUUCGUAUAUAUUUUAAGUUAUAAGCGAAUACCUUUUCUAGUUUUAGGAAUAUUCAAAUACAUGUUAAAAUUUAAAAAUAUUUUUAGUCAUUUUUUGACCUUCAAGUGUGACCUUGAC